CACACACAGAACAUAGAACAUGUACACCAACAUCCAAGACCCCGCCAUCCGCGAGACCGGCCGAGAUCUUACGCCCGCUUCAAGCUUGCCGCCCAAGGGUACUUCACGAAUAACAUUGUAGCUAUAGCUAACACCGCCGAGGCCUUGGGAGAAAGCGGUGGAUAUUGGCAGGGACUACGCCGCUUACCAGCACGCUAUAACGAUUCAAAUCUGACGUCUUCCUCAUUCUCUUUUCCUCGUCCAUUCUUCUCCCUCGCAACCUCUCCAUUCCCACUAUCCAAGCCCAAUUACACCGUUCCGUCCAUCCCCGUCUUCCAAAAUGGCAUCAUACACCGGGCCCUCCUUCUCCCUGCAUGUCAAAAUAACCAUCGACCCCUCCAACUCUGACGCCUUCCUCGAAGCCCUCAAGCCAGCCUACGACGCCGUAUGCGCGGAGCCCGAAUGCAUUUUCUUCGAGGUCUACCACGACUCGAAGCAGCCCGGCGUGUUCAAAUUCGUCGAGAACUGGAAUGCGAGUGUGGAAUGGAUGAUGAAUGUGCAGCUGAAGAAGGACUACUACAAGCCGUAUAUGGAGAAGACGGAGCCGAUGUUUAUUAAGCCGAGGGAGCAUGAGUUGUGGGAACGCAUGCCGGGGAACACGUGGACGAGCGUGAGCAAGGAAAUGUUUUCUUGAAGGAGCUGCGCAUGCCUAGUUCUCAGGUCGCCGGAUGCGACGGAAGACUAGAUAAAAUAUCAAAGGCCUCGACUUGGGUAGAUAUAC